AUGAGCGACUCAGGAAGUGAUAAAGAAACUGCAGCACCUAUACGUAAAAGAAAAAGAGUGAAGAGGCCAGAGAAAUGGGCACAGAACGUAGCCAAACAGCUUCGAAACCGGGGGCAGGCCUAUACGAGUGUGUUUACAAAAAAACAAGUCAGUGCAAGAACGAUCGGUAAACCGUGCAAAGACGGCUGUUUUGACAAAGUCAAGAGACGAGUGAUCGAGAUACUGUUUAAUGAAUUUUGGGAAAUAGGAAAUUUUGAUCUACAGAAUGCCUACAUUCAGAAAUUGGUGAGACCGAAAGAAAUAAAACGGCGUCGUAAACCGAAGAAUCCGAAUGCCCCGGGUCCUAUUCGAAGCUGUUCGUACGAAUAUACAGUUAUCUAUAGUAAUACGACUUAUCAGGUUUGUAAACAAGGUUUUUUGAGCAUUUUUGGGCUGAAAAAAGCUCGUGUUGAAACUGCUAUGCGCAAGGUAACCACUACUUCAGCUCCCACCACAGACCAGAGAGGCAAACAUAAUAAAAGGAAGAUGAUUGUUGGGGUUAUGGCUGAACUAGUGAGGAAACAUAUUAAAAGUAUACCGAUAGUGUCGAGUCAUUACAACAGGCGGUAUUUAGACUCCAGUUUGAAUGUGAAUAAACUCUAUGGAAUGUAUUGUCAGUGGAUGUCAACUGAUCAUCCUGACGAGUCGAAAGUGAAGGAAAGUUACUAUCGUUACGUCUUCAACACCGAAUUCAAUCUGUUCUUCCAGCCGACCAAGGCGGACAACCGCGACCAUCACCACUACAACAACAACAACAACAACGAUCAUCAUCAUUCAGGACAAUCCACUGACAAUUUGCAAAACACAGACCAAUGCCAAGCUCCUAUCAUCAAAGACUACGUUCGACCGUUAGCAAUUGCUCCUUCACCAAUACCAACACACCAUCCUCAAUAUUAUCUUGUCUGA